UGUAUUAUCUUAGCGUGUGGUAAAGCUUGCAUGUGAAGGUCUGCCAGGAGUCCAGCUCUUCCUGUGUCGCAUUCUCAAAAAAACAUGUUUUGAGUGUGAGGGUCAAUUCUCAGCUGGGUAUAUAUACGUCAGGAGGACACAUUGAGAGCAUCAUUGCUUCUUCGGCUCUACCAUCAUGAACACUAAGAUUGUGCUUUUGUUGGCGUUUGUGGUCCUGGCUGUUGCUGACAAGAGACCAUCCUUCUCCUAUGGACCACCCCAGGAGUCCAGUGACUCUGAGGAAUUCUCAGCAGAGUCCAGCGAGGCCAAGUACGACUUCAACUGGUCCGUGAAGGACGAUGACUCUGACAACGACUUCGGUCACCAGGAGUCUCGCGAUGGUGACAACACUAAGGGGUCGUACUACGUACAGCUUCCCGAUGGUCGUCUGCAGAAGGUGACUUACUACGUGGACGGUGACUCAGGCUACGUGGCUGAGGUGACCUACGAGGGAGAGGCUCAGUACCCCGAGUCUGAAGAGUCCAGGGAGUACAGCCCACCAAGACCCCGCUACUCAGCUCCGGACUCCGAUGAGUCUAAUGAAUCAAAAUAAACGACUCACAUUUCCAUAUUACUGUGAGAGAUGAGUCUGAGUUCUUCACAGAGCUGAGAAUGUCAUCUCCAGCGAUCAAGACUUGACCAAGUGUAAAUAAUUGACUCCAUUAUCUUCAGCAUUCCUUCACUCAAGUCCGUAUCAACUGUCUUGUAUCAACAAGCAAACUUUUCCU